GUUAAAGGUACCGUUCCUGUGGUGAUUGAAUUAGACAGUGCCACCUUUCAAAAUAAUCACCGUGGAGAUCUUACGUCUUUGAUGAAGGAGAUGGCAAACCAAUUUUUUGACACAAUGGCAGCUGAUAUUCCAAACAAAGAAAAGGCUAAGUGCCUAUUUUACUAUUUGGAAGGAGUCCGUCAAGUUAAAGUAAAGGAGGCAAUUGAAGGUAGUUUGAAAAUAACAGUGGAGUGUCGCACUAUCGAAAUCCUUGAAGAGCUAUGGAAGGACUACUGCUCUGGUCACCUAAAUUCGGUUGCCGAGGAAUACCUUUUGACAGAUGACAUCAAGAGGAGACUACAUGUAGAGUUUGUCAAGUUGAAGACAACAAUUUCACAAGAAGAUUACUUGGUUUGCAAACGGUUUCUAAGAGGUAAUUCAUCACAGUUACCUUAG